AGUUCCGUUGGAGGUCGAAGAAAAGGACGAGCGAUGCUGUUGGAGAUUCUGCUGGAUGUUGGACGACGGUGCCAGAGAAGCAGCAUCCUGUUUGAUUGGAGACAUUCUCCUUUCUUCAAAUCCCCUCUGUCCUCGUGUACGCCCAUCUGAAUGUGGGGGACGCCCUUUUUCCUAUUCCGCCUGGUGGAUUCAACUUUUAAACGGAUGGAUGAGCACUUGUGGAUGGUUGGCCGUAUUUCCCAGGCUUAAAGGUGGAGUUUCGUCGAUUGUUUCUCUUCCACCAGAUGGCACUACUAACAAAGAAAUUGUGACGUUUGUGCAGUUUCAGCAACCUUCCUUGUUCCAAGGUUAUCUAAAUCUCUACGCUUGCACAGAAACUUUCUAG